UCUGUCCGCGUCUGUACAGUGUACGGUAAUGCUUGCAGUCAUCAUCGCCUUGUAUCCAGACUCCAAACUUGAUUUCCGACUUGUCUCGGGAUACGGAGAUGGUGUACGCCUUGACGUGCAUAUUGUCGACAGUGCAUCUUGGUUGUAGAUCCCUCUCGCAAUGUUCUCCUCCCGGACGCUUCUCCUUCUCACUGCGGCCUCUCGCUUGGCCUACGGUAGCACAAUUGGGCCGGUGGGUACUCUUGUAGUGGCCAACAAGACCAUCGCCCCGGAUGGCCUCCCUCGUGCCGCCGUUCUCGUCGGAGGGACGUUCCCGGGGACACUCGUCACCGGACACAUUGGGGACCACUUCCGCCUCACGGUCGUCGAUCGACAGCAAGACAUCCGUAUGCUCGAGCCCACGUCCAUCCAUUGGCAUGGAUUAUUCCAGAACGGGACGAACUACAUGGACGGGACCGCGUCCAUCACUCAGUGUCCCAUCUCACCAGGGAACUCCUUCACAUACGACUUUCCCACCCAUCAGGCUGGGACUUAUUGGUAUCACUCGCACCUUGCGACUCAAUAUUGCGAUGGUUUGCGCGGCCCGAUCGUCAUCUACGACCACAAGGACCCCUACCGCCACGCAUAUGACAUUGACGACGAAAACACCGUGAUUACGCUUGCUGACUGGUACAACGUAUAUGCUGAGACGGUCGCCGGUCCCGGCAUACCCUCGUCGAUGCUCAUCAACGGUCUCGGACGUACCGCUGCCACGGUGUCGAACACAACCCUCGCCGUUAUCCACGUUAAGAAAGGCCUGCGCUACCGCUUCCGGUUGAUCAACACGGCCUGCGACUCCAACUACGUCUUCCAAAUCGACGGCCAUAAGAACCUGACCAUCAUCGAGGCAGACGGUGUCCUCCACGAGCCAUUGAGUGUCGACUCCAUUCAGAUCUUCGCAGGCCAACGUUAUUCGUUCAUCAUGACUGCGGACCAAGCCGUCAACAACUACUGGAUUCGUGCCAACCCAAGCACAGGUCCCACUGGUUUCGACGGGGGAAUCAACUCCGCAAUUCUCCGCUACUCCGGAGCUAAACAUGUUGAGCCGACGACUUCGCAGGAUGCCUCGGUCAACGGUCUAGUGAACGAGGUGGACUUGCACCCGCUCGUCAAUCCCGGUGCUCCCGGCCGCCCGUUCAUCGGUGGUGCUGAUGUACAGCUGAAUUUGGCGUUGGGCUUCAAUCUCACAGCGCUGAAGUUCACGAUCAACGGCAAUGCAUUUGCCGCUCCGACCGUGCCCGUGCUGCUCCAGAUUCUGUCAGGCGCACAGAAAGCACAGUCGCUGCUCCCCAGUGGAUCGGUGUACACGCUCCCGCACCUUGCGGCGGUCGAAAUCACGCUUGCUGGGGGCGUGGUUGGGGGUCUGCACCCCUUCCAUCUGCACGGACACACCUUUGAUGUGAUUCGCACCGCGGGCAGCAGCACCUACAACUAUGUCAACCCUGCUCGUCGUGACGUCGUCAACAUUGGCAACGCCGGGGACAAUGUGACAAUCCGCUUCUUCACGGACAACCGCGGACCAUGGUUCCUCCACUGCCACGUUGACUGGCAUCUCCAGGCAGGUUUCGCCAUCGUGCUUGCGGAGGAUGUUCCCGACUGGACGCCGGAUCUGAUGCCCACUUCGGAAUGGAACCAACUGUGUCCCAUCUAUAACAAGCUUCCGGCAUCCAUCACGUCUCUUGCUGGAUGAGCUCAAUGAUGAGGUUUCUUCGAAAAUUUUUCUUGCAGGAUGACCUACUCCUGCUAUCACUGGUUGAGGUUGCUAGGCGGGAGGGAUGUUAUUUUGUCUCUUAGUUUAAUCAUUUGUUUUACUCCCUGUUAAUCUUCAGAUCAAAAAUUCUACUCUGCCAAGUUCAACCGGC